CCCAUCUUUGAGCUUGCUUCACGACUAACUACCUUACCUAUGAGUUACUCUGAUGCUUAUCGCAUCCAUAUCGUCAUUCUAGAUAGCAGAUGGCACGAUAGUAACGUUAAUCCUUCUGGAAUCUCGAUUUGUCAUAUAUAGCAAUCUUCUUUCUUGAAGGCAUGAAUAGCAUUAAAGUUAUCACUCGCAACCACCUUCGUUUUGCUAUAACAAUUAAAGCCAUAUUAGACAGACAAUAAUCAUGGACCCCGCCAUACAGCCAAAACCCCUUCUAGGCGCGCUAGGGAUGUUUUGUGUUCUCUCCGCAGGUCUUACAGUCACGUAUUUUGUUGUAUUGUCGGUAUACCGCCUCUACUUCAGCCCUCUCUCAAAGUUCCCCGGCCCCAAGCUCAAUGCCAUCUCUCCAAUCCCGUCCAUCAUAUCUCUGCUCAGCGGCCGCGGUCCCUUCGACACCAAGCUCAUGCACGACAAAUAUGGCCCCGUCGUCCGUGUCUCGCCCAACGAGUUGCACUUCAACACCGCGCAGUCCUGGCAGGAUAUCUACGGACACCGCAAUGGCCAUGUCAACUUCCACAAGGAUCCCAUUCACGUUGGCUCCGUCGAGCCCGUCAUCGGCGUUUCCACGCUCACCAUGUCCGACGACGAGAACCAUGCUCGCCAGCGACGAGCUCUGGCGCAUUCGUUCUCGCUGAAGGCGCUGUCGGAGCAGGAACACAUCAUCCAGGGCUACGUCAGCACAUUCAUCGCGCAGCUGGGCAAGAUGUCUGCAAGGGAUGAAAAGUUCAACAUGGUUGACUGGCUCAACUUUACGACGUUUGACAUCAUCGGCGACCUGGCCUUCGGCGAGCCCUUUGGGUGCCUCGAGGACGGGGAAUUCCACUUCUGGGUGUCCCUCAUCUUCGAGACUGUCAAGGCAGGCGCGAUCGAGCAGGCGACGCGCAGGAUGGCGACUGCGGGGACGACGGCGCAGAAUUUCUUGCUGAGCAUGAUCCCGGAUAGGAUCCGCAAGAUGCGGAGACAGCAUCUUGAGUUCUCGAGGGAGAAGGUCAUGCGAAGAUUGGCGACGAAGACGGAGCAUAGGGAUUUCAUCUGGUACAUCUUGAAACAGGCUGAGAAGUACUCGCUUGCACAGGACGAGAUCAUUGUCAACUCUGCGCUCUUCAUCGUCGCUGGUUCGGAAACCACCGCCAACGCUCUAUCUGGGAUCCUUGCACGCCUCGUCUACAAUAAAGAGAAGUAUCAGAAACUCGUGCAUGAAAUCAGGUCAACCUUUGCCGACGAAAAGGAUAUGAACUUCUCGACACUGAGCGACUUGACUUAUCUGAAUGCGGUCCUGGAAGAGGGUCUCCGCAUCCAUCCUCCAGUGCCAACCGGACUGUUACGCACGGUUCCAAAGGAUGGCGACACGGUAGACGGGCUCUGGAUCCCCGGUGGAACCGCCGUCUCCGUCGGCAGCUGGGCAGCCUGCCACAACGAAGCCAACUUCCGCGACUGCGACACCUUCAUCCCCGAGCGCUGGAUCGGGAACGAGUACGACAGCGAUCUCAAAAAAGCCGCGCAGCCAUUCUCGCUAGGACCGCGUGGAUGCAUCGGUAGGAACUUGUCGUACAUGGAAAUGCGCAUUAUCCUAGCUCGGCUUCUCUGGAACUUCGACCUUGUCAGCGUGGACGGGGCGCCGAAUUGGAAUCCUGCGGGGGAGAUGGGCAGGGCGCGCGCGUAUAUGACGUGGGAGAAGCCGGAUUUGAAUGUCAAGGUUGUGCCUGUGAAAAGGUGAGGG